UUUAACAUUGAUUUUAGGAGUGGGGGACAUGGUUACAAGUGAUAACUACGUCGAGUGGGGGUACCCAGAGAAGUAAAAACUUAUGCUGACUUUAGUAUACUUUAGUCAAUCCUCUUUGGAGCUGUCACAAAGAUUAUAUACUCUGAUUCAGUUCUGUAAAUUUCAAAAACUGUGUCACGUUCUUACGUCAUUGUUGUUUAUUACUUGUCAAUUAAUAAUCAUUUGAAUUUUGGGUAUUGCCAAGUGUUCAAAGAAAUACAUAAUGACAUCGAGGUUCAGUGGAGCUCUCCAGAUAACUAGCCUCGAUGAUUUUAUAACUCCAUCGCAGGAAUGCAUAAAACCCAUCGAAGUCCUGAAAUCAACGAGCAAAACCGGUUCUAAAAUCAAAAUUCAGGAUGACGGAGCUUACGUCGAGCUUAAUGAGACAGGCUCGGAAAAAUUGCAAAAGGUAGAGAUCACUCUGGCAGACUGUCUCGCCUGUUCCGGAUGCAUAACUUCAGCAGAAAGUGUCCUAGUGACUCAGCAAUCCCAGGAGGAGCUCCUCCGGGUGUUCCAGGAGAACCAAUCCCUCAAAUUCCAGAACAAAUCUCCAAAGCUCAUAGCAGUGAGUCUCUCAGUGCAACCAGUACUCUCCCUCUCUCAAAAAUACAACCUUGACCCGGGGGAUACCACCAGACGUCUCUCUGGGUACUUCAAAUCUCUGGGGGCAGACCUAGUCUUGGAGAUGUCAGCGGCCGAAGAUUUCGCACUUCUGGAGUCGGCGAAAGAGUUUAUGGAGAGAUUCAAGUCCCAUCAGGAGGGAUCCAAGGGACAAUUACCCAUGCUAGCAUCUUCCUGUCCCGGUUGGGUCUGCUAUGCUGAGAAAACACAUGGCAAUUUUAUUCUCCCUCUCAUCGGUGUCACCAAGUCUCCCCAGCAAAUUAUGGGGUCUCUAGUCAAGAAUUAUCUCGCUGAGAGGCGAUCUCUAUCGCCAGAGCGUAUUUAUCACAUUACGUUGAUGCCAUGUUAUGAUAAAAAAUUGGAGGCAUCGCGGGACGACUUUUACAACAAGUUGAAGGAGACGAGAGACGUCGACUGUGUUAUAACGAGUAUAGAACUUGAACAGAUGCUGGAGAAUCAGGGAAAAACUCUGUGUGACGUCGAUCCUGCGAGCCUCGACACACCUUUCACCACUGAUGAUCAAUUACACGUGGAUCUGUGGUCUCACAGUGGCUCUGGCUCCGGUGGAUACGCCGACUUCAUUUUCGAGUACGCGGCGAAGCAUCUGUUUCAGGUUUCCGAUGCAAGACUUGAGCUGCGGCCUCUGAGAAAUCCUGACUUUCAGGAGGGCGUGCUGGAGCGGGAUGGAGAGAUCCUCCUCAGGUUUGGAGUGGCCAAUGGCUUCAGGAAUAUUCAGAACGUCGUACAGAAACUCAAGAGGGACAAAUGCACUUAUCAUUACAUCGAGGUGAUGGCGUGCCCAGCAGGAUGUCUUAAUGGUGGCGCCCAAAUUCGCCCUCAGGAUGGAUCACAGCCCAGGGAACUCGCCCAAACACUGGAGAAACUCUAUCACGAGCUGCCAGAGAGUAAACCUGAGGAGAAUAAAAUUGUACGGAAUCUCUACAAGUCCUGGCUGGGCUCUGGACACUCUGACAAGGCCUCGGCAUUUCUACACACUCAAUAUCAUGAGAUAGAGAAAAUGAAUAGUGCAUUGAGUAUGAAGUGGUGAUAUUUUACGGUCUGUUGAUUAAUUAAUAAAAUAAUUACUUAAAGAAUUUGGGUGAAAUUUCGAUUCUUAUAACGUAUUCUUACGAUUGAUUAAACUCGGGUUCAGUUAAAAAAUGAAGAAAAAUAAUUUAUUUAUCCAUGUAAAUAACAAUGAAAAAAUGUAUCCCAUGUGUUUCUAAUGAUUAACAUAAAUUACGAUUAUUAUGGUUACAA